UUGAUAAAUAUAUAAAUUUCUUGAUCUUCGAGAGGUUCAACAGCGGCCAUGGUUCGUAGUUUGCUCCUGUUCUUGUGGCUCUUAAUUCUCUCGCGAUGCUCGCUCGCUGGCUAUAAGAUCAAGUCCAUCACCCAAGACACGAAUGGCAACAUCGAUGCUCGUCUAGACCUCCUCUCACCGACAAGCACAUAUGGUCCUGAUAUCAAAGAGCUCCAACUCACCGUAAGCUACGAAUCCCAAGACCGGCUGCGAGUUCACAUCACCGACUCCUCGUCCCCGCGGUGGGAAGUUCCAGCCUCGCUCGUGCCAAGGCUACCACCCACGAAGAACGGCAGCGCUAGCGUUUCCAAGCUCCAGUUCUCGUACACCCGGGACCCCUUCACGUUUGCAAUCCUCCGGAGAUCAUCCCAGGAGCUCCUCUUCAGCUCCACCCCGGGCCUCACUUUCAAGGACCAGUACCUGGAGAUCUCCACCACGCUCCCGAGCAAUGCGUCGCUCUACGGCCUCGGGGAGAGCACUCGUACCGCGGGCUUCCGGCUCGUCCCGGACUCCACGUACACGCUGUGGGCCUCGGACACCCCUUCGCAAGAGACCAACAAGAACCUGUACGCCUCCUGGCCCUUCUACCUGGAUGCCCGCCUCUCGGGGGCCUCGCACGGAGUCUUCUUGCUCAACAGCAACGCCAUGGACGUGGAGCUUGCGGAGGAGAGGCUCACGUACAAAGCCGUGGGUGGUGUCCUCGACUUUAGCUUCUUCGCGGGGCCGUCGCCAUUGGAAGUCGUCCAGCAGCUCACUGAUAUGGUCGGGAAGCCCGCUCCAAUGCCUUACUGGUCUCUAGGCUUCCACCAGUGUCGAUACGGCUAUAAGAAUGUCGAGGAGCUCCAGGACGUGGUCGAGAAGUACAAGUCUGCGCGCAUUCCUCUCGAGGUGAUGUGGUCGGACAUAGAUUACAUGGACGCCUUCAAGGACUUCACGCUGGAUCCCAUCAACUAUCCCCAGUCGAAGAUGGACGAUUUUGUCAAGCAGCUCCAUGCCAACGACCAGAAGUACGUGAUCAUCAUAGACCCCGGUGAGCUCUCCCUUCCCUGGUCUUCUUUCUUGCAUCCGCCAGCUUACAGCAGUGCCUUGCCAGGGAUCAAAGUCGAGAGGAACUAUUCGUCAUACGAGCGUGCAAAAGCUCUCGAGAUCUUUGUCAAAGACUUGCACGGCGAGCCAUAUCUCGCUCAAGUGUGGCCGGGCCCUGUCCACUUCCCAGACUUCCUCCACCCGAAAACAGCCUCUUACUGGACAAGCGAGAUUUCCAACUUUCACAAAAUCCUCCCCUUCGACGGCCUCUGGAUCGACAUGAACGAAGCCUCCAACUUUUGCACGGGCGUGAGCUGCUUGCUUCCUCCGAACGUGACAAAGCCUUGCCUCACAACAUGCUGCUUGAUCUGUACCGAGAACUCCAUAUCCAAGUGGGACAAUCCACCUUUUGCGGUAAAUAACAACGCUGUCCGCAAUAGAAUCGGCUCCAAAACCAUGGCUGCCAGUGCCGCCCACCACGGAGGAGUUCUCGAGUAUGAUGCUCACAACUUGUACGGGCUCUCGGAAGCGAUAGCCACCAGCAGCGCUCUCAAGUCUGUCUUGAAAACCCGGCCCUUCAUGCUCUCGAGGUCGACGUUCGUUGGCUCUGGCCGCGUCACCGCGCACUGGAGCGGUGACAAUGGAGCAACCUGGGACGAUCUACGAUACUCCAUUGUCAGCGUUCUCAACUCUGGCCUGGUUGGAAUACCAAUGGUUGGCGCGGACAUCUGUGGAUUCCUGGGUAACACCACUGAGGAGCUUUGCAACCGCUGGAUCCAAGCCGGAGCCUUCUAUCCCUUCUCCCGGAACCACAACGGAUUCAAUGCAGUGUCACAGGAGCUCUAUCUCUGGAAGUCCGUCACCCAGUCCGCAAGAACAGUUCUGUCGCUGAGAUACCGGCUCCUUCCUCAUCUCUACACGCUCUUUUACGAGGCCUGCUUGAAAGGAUCACCAGUUGCCAGGCCUGUCUUCUUCGCAUUUCCCAAGGAUCCGGCAGCUCUUGGUGUUGAAACUCAGUUCAUGCUCGGGAGUUCCAUUCUUGUCUCCCCUGUUCUCGUGGAAGGCGCGAGGGAGCUCCAAGCUUACUUUCCCAAAGGAAACUGGUAUAGCUUGUUCAAUUACUCGCAAGUUAUUCUGUCGCCGGGAUCAACUUUCAUACUUCCGGCCACGCUGGAUUCGACGAACGUCCACGUUCGAGGAGGCUCGAUACUCGCCAUGCAGGAUGCUGCCAUGACUACUGCUGCUGCGAGAAAGACAGCCUUCACGCUGCUAGUCGCUUUUCCCGGCGAGGAAGAGGAUGACAACCUAAAUGCUUCGGGCAGUGUGUUCCUGGACAGUGGCGAGGACCUUGAGAUGAAACUUGAGCAAGGGUCGGCUACUCUCGUUGAAUUUGCUGCGAAGAAAGUUGGGAACCGGCUCUCCGUCAAGUCUCGAGUGAGUUACGGCGAGUUUGCUCUCCAGCAGAAGUGGAUCAUCAGCAAGGUUGUAGUGCUCGGGCUCGGCAGUUUUGCGUUGGACAAACAGCAGCAGGAACUCGUAAAAGGAAAGAUUCUGUUGCCUCAAUCAGCGGACCAUGUCGAAGAAGUUAAUGAGCUCAACUUGCCUCUGGGAAAACCUUUUCAUAUCUCGCUAAAGAUGGCGUCAUAUCAGUAACUAGUCCUCACUGUUUACAAAGAUGUUACGAACAAGCC